ACUGACAUCAAGGUCGAUUAGCCGUGCAUGGAUCAUAAAAGGAGUGGUCACAGAGGGACAAUCACUAUAAGUGGAAGUUUCUGAACUUCUGUAUUUAGGUACACCUUUGUCUAAGAACUCAUUAGUGCAACACUGUUCUUCAUUUAGAUCAAACCCUGCUUGUUGGCUGUGGAAAACCACCUACUGCUCUCGGAGAUGAGGUUCACAAGAUGCAUCACGAUGAUCCAGUUGGAAAUGCUGCUGAAUGUCAUCUUUGUUUCGGGUGGUGUGGGAUCCUGUCCUGAAGUUUUUCAUGCAUCUAUGCCAAACAAGAUGGAGGCAUUGAGGGACACUUGUUUGCAAAUUCCAUGUUCAUUUGAUUCAGUACCAUCAAAUAGAAUAGAUAAAAGCAAACCCAUAUUGGGUGCAUGGAUAAAAUCGAACCCCUAUUUUGGGAAUCGUCCAGAAAAUUUGGUUUUCCACAGCAACAAUCAAGAUAAUAUAUAUCCAAUUAGUAUCAUUGGGAAUAUGAGAGAAUACAACUGCACAACUGUUUUUACAAACAUGAAAUCAAGUUAUGCUGACGUAUAUUACUUCAGAGUGGAAAGCACCAGUUUCAGAAUAACUGACAUCUGCAGUCCUCUAAUAAUCACAGUUAAAGAUUCAGCCCCAGCACCCUCCAUACAGACCCUCCAGGAGGGACCACUAACGGAGGGGAGCAGGGUAACGUUCACCUGCAGGGCCAUCGCACCCUGUCCCACCCAGCCACCUCACCUGAGCUGGAACCAGUCAGGAGGCCCUGAGGGCCGGCCGGAGCCGCACGGAGACCAAGAGCCUAACGUCAGGACCCGGCGGCUGAAUAUCACUCUGUCGGACCGACAUGACGGGGUCCGCCUCACCUGUCUGGUGGAGUAUCCGGUGAACGACCCAGCAGGCGGGCCCAGCAACAGAACAGCAGAGAGCGUCGUGACGCUCAACGUUUCCUAUUCCCCGAAGGAUACCCAGGCCUCCGUCAGCCCCCCCACGGUGUCGCUGGGCAGUGUGGUCAACCUGACGUGCACCAGCAGAGCCAACCCCCCCGUUCUCCGGUUCACCUGGUUCAGGAGCAGUGCGGAGGGACCCCUGAACAUGUCAGAUGGAUCUGUGUACAGCUUCAAUGUGUCCAGCUACAGAGACAUCUACUACUGCUUGGCCACGAGUCCCUUGGGAAACCAAACAUCAGAAGAGAUUAAGCUAACUUUCAGCGGUGAAAGCGUUGGAUUGAAUGUCCCUCUGAUAGUGAGAUUCUUAAUCGGUAUUGUCAUCUUUACUGGUCUGAUCAUCUCUGUCCUGUAAGUAAAACACACACACAAUUUAGCAUGAACAAUGAUGAGUCAAGAUUAACCUUACCAGCAAGUGUGCUGGGUCCGUCUCCGUUCUAACCCGUGAAGCCACCUCAUGUUUAUAGGUGGUUACUGAAGAAACCUUCAACACAGCAACCGGUAUAGGAACCAGGCACUGCGUUAUGGGUGGCCCUGACGGACCUAGGACCACCAACUGUUCAACAGGCCCACCCAAAACCUUUCUUGAAAAAAAAGAAAUUCUUCUGAAAUGCUUUAUUUUUUCCAUUGAUAUUGAUGCUUGCUCCGAUUUGCGUUAAAAGCGGUAGGCUAUUGUUUUAGUUAUUAUAGCCUAGGCUACAAUUGAAUGCAUCUUCUUUGUAUUAAAAGCCAAGCUCAGUCUGUUGCUAAUGAUAUCGAAAUAUUGUUGAAAACUUAAAUCAAUUAAACAGAAUUCUAAAAUAGUCUGCCUCAUAUUAUACAAGCAUAACUAAACUAUAUCAUAUAGUUUAGUUAUACGGGAGCGAAAAAUGACUCUUGUGCCCGGCGCAUAUUUAAAAAGGGUUGUUCUGAAGUAGCCUAAUUACCCAUAGGUGUGGUUUGGGCGUGAAAUGCAAUAAACCAAUGAGAGUGCCAGCUCCCAUCCCCUUUAAGAGCCAUGAGCGCAUUUGAAUCCGACGAGUUGAUAGUUUGACAGCGCGUCUGCAAUCUGAGAUGAGACAGUUGCACAUGAAUUUCAAACUUCAAAAGGCUCAGUUGUUUAUGGCCAAAUAAUUUGGCCUAAUUCAUACAUGGAAUAAGGUUUUCUUCCACAACUUCAGUCCUCAAAUAAAUUUCGGCAAAGAAAACGAUGAUAUGACAUAUGAUAUGCAGUAACUGUGGUUCUAUUUAAUGAUAUACGCAAUACAUUAUAAACAUUGUUUCUUAUCAGUAUUGUAUGCAUUAUCGUUAUCGACUUGUGUUCCUAAUAUGCAUGUGUCCCCCCGUUAACAUACAUUGCCAUGGACUGUAUUAUG